AUGUCAGGACAGUCAGUGAAUCGAACCUUGAUCGUGCUUGUCUGCGGGAACGAUUCCGACGAGGUAUAUGAGAACAACGAGGUCGAGGUUGAGGACAAGAAGAACUUCCAAGGCAAAGUUCUCUUGCAGCUCCAGCGCUCUCGUUGGAGCGCUUUGUUGGAAGCUGCGCUGGAGUAUGCGAGAGUCGUCAACGAACUGCGCCCACAAGGGUCAGCUGUCAGCAUCAUGCUCUGCGGCUACUCGGGUUACAGCAAAGAGGUUUCUAUCGUCCAGCUGAACAAGUGGAACGCGGAACAGCAGAACAUGGCUUACAUUUAUGGUGCCAUAUCCUCCUCGAAGAUCGUCAAGUCAGAAGAAACUAUCUCAGGAGACGACAUCGCUCGCGAAGCCCUCAAGGCGCUGGUGUCAGAUCUCGACCACGAGGAGGUUGGAACUUUACAGGCUCGGGUCCUUCUCAUCUCCAGCCCAGCAGCACUCCGAUGCCCUCAGGGCUCGAGCAUGAAGUUGGAUGGAGCGAUUGAAAGUGCUUUCACCAAGGCGAAGAAUCAUUCAGCGUGCGCGGAGGAGAGCGACGUGCGUCUGGAGAUGCUGUGGGUUUUGGAGUCAGAGAGCAGCGAGAAGGUGAUGAGCACCAGUACCUCCUCCUCCCUCUCCUCCAACGUCGUUGCCUCCUCCUUGCGCUCCAGGGUGUACAGGCUGGCAGCCGCGCACUUCAACUUGCAGAUCGUGAGGAUCACGGGGAUUCCGAUGAGGAAGAAAGACACGGAAGCUGAUAAGACCAAAGACGUCAAGGGCAGCAGCAAGAAGGAGUACGACGUCGAGCUCCUGAGCUUCGCAGAAGUCGGCGACGUAGCUGAACUUGUGCUGGAGUGGAAGUCGAUCAAGCAGCUGGAGAAGAUCGGCUUCAACAUCCAUGCGCACUCCUCCCGCACCAUCCACCGAUCGACGGCCCUGAAGCCCAAGGAGGAGGCGACUCAGACGAUCCUCACGCACAUCCGAGGCGGCGCUCCUGCUACCCUUGUGCUCGCUGGCUCAAGCAGUUCCCUGCCCUCCCCUUUCUCCUCCAGCUCUCCAUCGGCCUGCCCCUCGCGCGUGUGGGUCUUGCGAGACCAGGAGGGAGGCAUAUUCUUGCACGAGCUCUUGAUAGGAGGGCUGCUCGAGGACUCGAGCCCCUCCUGCUCUACCGUCGCCGCCAUCCCCGACGCUCUGCAGCCUGACAAGUUUGACGGGGACACGCUCAAGGCAUUCCAAGAGCGCAUGGCAGAGAUGCUGCGAGGAAGCCUUCUGCCUCUCACCGCCAAGGACGUCAAGAACUUAGAGGAGGCUGGCUUUCUCUGCAAGGACGUCACCGUCCCCUUCCCCGUCCCUUAUGUCACCACUGCAGCUAUCGAGCGCAGAACGCGGUACCUCCCUCUUGGCAGCACGUACUCUCCUCUUUACAGCGGGAGCAGCUCGAGUGAGCGGGCGGUCCGAUCGACAGUGUCGCAAGCCAGAGGGCAGGGAGGACAUGCUGGGGAGCUGGUGGUGGGGAAAGGAGGGGAGAUCACUGCUCCUAAGAAGGAGAAGAUAAGAGGGCUGAAGGAGCUGGUGGAAACGUGCAUAUCCCAGUCGGCUCCGGAAGACAUGAUCGCUGUAGCAAACAAAACCAUUGAUACCGUUUCUUCCUACCUGGCCAAGGCAGAGACUGCAGGGAACGUGAGCGGUUGGACGCUGCAUGAGCUGAAGACACUGUGGGAGGAGAUCAGUGUGCUGGGAGGGAAGUGUGCCAUGCCGCCCUCCUCCAAGUGUCACUUCCGCGUCACCCGGCACUUGAGCACCAAGGGAGUGGCGGUAGCCAACGAGGUGGAGGAGGAGAUCUACGAGCCGAAGCUGGGGGACAAGAGGAAGGCAGCGGUCGAGGUGGCGCAGCCGAAGCAGGCGAGGUCGCGGCGCAAGCAUGACAUCCCUGUGGACGAGCAUGGGCGGCCCGAGCUGCCGAUCCAGCUGGGCAACGCCAUGACGAUCGAGAGCCUCGGGCACAUCAAGGCUGACAACCCCAACUUCCACACGGACAAGUACAUCUGGCCGGUCGGGUACCGGGCGAGGAGGCAGUACCAGAGCACGUUGGAGGUUGAUAAGAAAGUCGACUACAUCUGCGAGAUCCUCGACGCUGGGCCAAAGCCGACCUUCCAGAUCACUCCCACCGACAACCCAGCUGGGAAGGAGGUGGCGGCAACGGCGUCGGGCGUGUGGUCAGCGAUCAUGAAGAAGGUGAACAACAUGAGGCUGCAACGAGGGCUGUGCGAGUCCAAGACGGCAGUGUCGGGCCCCGAGUACUACGGUAUCGCCUACCCGGAGGUCCGGCGGCUGAUUCAGGAGCUGCCUGGAGCGAUCAAAUGCGCGACGAAACCCUACGGAAACGGAUGCUACAAAUGGCAGCAUUUCGGCGAUGAGACUCCCGCAAUGCUGGAAGCGAGAUCUGCCAGAGAAGGCAAGACCGCUGACGUGGCCAAGGGAGGAGGAGGAGGAGGAGGAGGAGGAGGGGCGGUAGUGCAUGAGGAGGACUCGAGCGACGAGGCCAAGGCGUGGUCAGCGUUUGACUCGCUCACGACCAGCAGACAGGCUGGCGGGCGGACAGGAGCUGGGAUUGACAACCCUCUACUGGAGGGGGGGCUGGAACUUCAAGGUGAUGUGGCAGACGAUAGGGCUGUGCUGCUCAACCGCGCGGACCGUGAUAGCGUCUUCUUCGUGUACUGGAAGUCUUGGUUGCUGGAGGACAAGCACACUCCUAAGGAGUUUGCGAGGUUUUACGAUCCUUCACGGCACACAGGACGAAAUUGA